CUUUCUAAUUCCAUUUCACAGUGUGAGUGAAAAUCAGAACAAGGAUACAUACGCUCAGCUCCUUAAACCCUCAUUCUCCUUCCUUCUUUCUUCAAUUUAUUAGUUCUUUUGUGUAACAGAAAAUAAUAAGAAUGCCCGAUAAAGGAGGAAAAUCUGCUUUAAAAUCUCCAGGGAAAGAUAAGGGAUCAAGGAGAGUUCAGUUUGAUUCUGAAGAUAUGUUUGAUGAAAAGUUCGAAACGAAUGGAAACGGGAACAAUGAUUCCGCUUUCGCUAAAGGUGAUAAGGGCAAAGGGGGGAAGGGAGAAAAGGGAGGUGUCAGUUCAAAGAAAGAGCCUCCUGCGCUUGUGCUCAAGGUUGAAGAGGAGAUUCCUGAAAAUGCCGAGUGUUUGAUGGACUGCGAAGCUGCACAAAUCUUGCAAGGAAUUCAAGACCAUAUGGUGCUACUGUCCAAGGAUCCAACAAUCAAAAUCCCUAGUUCCUUUGACAGGGCAUUGCAGUAUGCCACCAGGACCAAUCCUUACACUGAUCCUCAUUCGGUUAGACAGAUAUUGGAAUCUCUCAAGAACCUAGGUGUUUCUGAUGGCGAGAUGUGUGUCAUUGCAAAUACUGCGAUUGAAACUUCUGGUGAAGCUUUUGGUCUCUUGCCAUCAUUGAAGGCUAAGAAAAGCAAGGUAAAGGAACCCUUGAAAAGUGCGUUGACUGAACUGAAGAAGGUUAAACAUGCUACAGAGAGCACCAGAGACGCCAUAGUGCUUGAUUGAUUGAAGGAAUAUGUAUUUCACUGGUAAUCUCGUAUUUUGUUGACUCUGAUGUGUAGGAAAAUGCUGAUGAUCAUUUUCUAGAAUUUAUUGUAUAGGUGCAAAAACGCUGCUAGUUGCUUGAUUUGUACUCUUUGGCUUCUGUUAACAUGUUGUCUUCAUUGUCUUA